UUCACGGGCUACUUCACCGGCAGCACAGCUAUCGUCGCUGACGCCGCCCAUUCGGUCUCUGACAUCGUUCUUAGUGGUGUAGCUUGGUGGUCGUACAGAGCGGCGAAGGUACCCAAGGACGAAGAACAUCCUUAUGGAUAGCGUAUUGCUUGCUUAAAUGUUAAGAUUGGGCUGAGGCGGUGGAAAGUUUAGAAGAUUUUGGGUAGAUCUUUGUUAGCAUAUGUGUAUUUGUUGUAUAAGAUACUUUGCAUCUUAUGAAAUGUGACGAUGAAUCUAAACCUGUGGAUUUUGUGUAAGAUAAAGGAUCCCUCAUGUAUAGGAUUUUGGAAUGUUAAGUUAAAUUCAUGUAAUGAUAUGAUCUUAUGGUAAUCGUUGGUUUGGUGACUGCAUAGACUUCCCCACUUGUGAAUUUAUGUUGUGGUUAUUAUUUUGAUGAGUUGAGUUCAGAUUGUAUGAAUUAUCGAGUGAUAUGUGGUAUGUUUAUGAAUUGUACAGGGUUAUGAAUUUGUAGACUAUAGAGGUGAAAUUUUGAUCUGAAUGUUUUCUUAGUGACCUCAAAUGUGUGUUUGGAUCCUGGGUUAGUUAUGAUGAAAAUUUUAAAUAUUGUCGAUAUUUUGAGGGGCGUGACAGAGGUGGUAUCAGAGCAUGAUUUGAGAAUCACUAAGAAUAUUUUUUUUUCUUUUUUUGUGUACUUGAUGAAAAAAAUAUAUAUAUAUAUAUUUUGAGGUUUAUUGACUAUUCAUUUAGAGAUUGAUCAAAGAAAAUUUCCUUUGAUGUUUAAGGAAGCAAGGAUGACGAGAUCAUCUGGUUCUCCUGUUGCAUCUACUGCUGAUCAAUUGAGUGGUAUCAUGCGGACUUUGGAGACUAUGGCACAAGUGAUGCAACAACAACAACAACCUGUCCUACAAGGAAGAAAUGAUGGAAAAGGGACAUCAAACCAGACGGGGUUGGGAAUUGAACAGUUUAAGAAGCUUAGUCCUCCCAGUUUUAGUGGUGAGUCUGAUCCAAUGGUGGCAGAACGAUGGAUGAUGCAGAUAGAGAAAAUAUUUGAUGCUUUAAAUUACCCUGAUGAUCGAAAGGUUUUUCUUGCCACCUUUAUGCUGGAAGGAGAAGCUGAACACUAGUGGAGAAUGAUUAAGAGGAUGUCUGAAAUCAAACAUGAGCCAAUGACAUGGAAGUUAUUCCAAGAAAAGUUUAACGAUAAAUAUUUUUCAGAUUGUAUGAGAGAGCAAAAAGAAUUGGAGUUCUUGAAUCUUAUCCAGGGAAGUAUGACGGUUACAAAGUAUGAAUCUAAAUUUACUGAGCUCCCCAGGUUUGCCACACAUAUGACUAAUGAUGAAUCUAGAAAAGCAAGAAGGUUUGAAAGGGGAUUACGGCCAGAAAUAAGAAGCCGAAUGUCAGCUUUAAAACUACAAACAUAUGCAGAUACGGUAGAAAGAUCUUUGAAAAUUGAAAGAGACACGGAGGAAAUUCAAGAAAUCAUUGGCAAGAACAAAAGGGACAAAUUUACUAGCAAAAGCACGAGAGAAAAUGAAUAUGAAGCUAGUAACAAGAGGUUUAAGACAUCUAGAUUUGAGAAAUGGAAACCACUGCGGAGGACUCAGUCAUGUGCAAAAUGUGGAUUAAAUCAUGAAACAAGUCAGUGUUUUCGGGUGACUGGAGCAUGUUUUGGUUGUGGAAAGUUGGAUCAUCAAAUAAAAGAUUUCUCUUUGAGGAAGAAGAAAGAGCCACUGUUUCCUAGACCCUCAGCCCAUGCUAGAGUGUACGCUAUCACUGAACAAGAUUCUAAAGCUUCUAAAUCAGUGGUGGAAGGUAUUCUUCAUGUUUCUAAAAGAAAUGCAAAAGUUUUGUUUGAUCCCGGCUCCAACUUAUCGUUUGUUUCACAAUACUUUGCUUGUCACUUGGAUAUUCUACCUAAACCCCUGGAUUAUAUGUUAUAUGUAACAACUGCUGUUGGAGAUUCAUUGGCAACAAACUUGGUCUACCCAUCUUGUUUGAUCUCUAUCGGAGACCACGAACUCCUUGCUGAUUUGAUUCUCCUAGAGAUCCAGGGCUUUGAUAUUAUACUUGGCAUGGAUUGGUUAUCUUCUCACCACGCUAGUAUUGAUUGUUACAAAAAAAUAAUUACUUUCUGCAUACCAGAUCAGCCUAUAUUUUUCUUUGAGGGCAUUAGGCAUGAUUUGCCUCCUUGCUUGAUAUCAGCACUUCAAGUUUAUCGUCUUAUGCAGAAAGGUUGUUUUUGUUAUAUGGUGUGUGUAAAGGAGCAUUCAAAUCAAGAAACCCACCUAGAUGAAAUUGUAGUGGUCAAAGAAUUCCCUGAUGUAUUCCCAGAUGACUUGCCUGGUUUACCUCUAGAUAGAGAGGGUGAAUUUGCUAUUGAUCUGGUCUCCUGUACAACCCCAAUAUCUAAGCCUCCCUACAGAAUGGCACCACUCGAGCUAGAGGAAUUAAAGAAGCAAAUACAAGAAUUAUUAGAUAAGGGUUUCAUACGACCCAGUGUAUCCCCAUGGGGUGCUCCGGUACUAUUAGUGAAGAAGAAGGAUGGAACAUUGAGGCUUUGUAUUGAUUAUAGACAGUUGAAUCAGGUGACCAUCAAAAACAAGUAUCCCAUACCUAGAAUUGAUGAUUUGUUUGAUCAACUGCAGGGUGCACAAGUAUUCUCUAAGAUUGACCUGAGGUCAGGUUACUAUCAGUUGAAGAUCAAGGAGGAGGAUAUUUCAAAAACAGCUUUUAGAACUCGAUAUGGUCACUAUGAAUUCUUGGUGAUGCCUUUUGGUUUGACAAUUGCCCCUGCAGCUUUUAUGGAACUAAUGAAUAGGAUAUUUCAACCGCUCUUGGAUAUCUGUGUAAUUGUAUUUAUUGAUGACAUAUUGGUGUAUUCAAGGAGUAAUCAGGAGCAUGAGGAACACUUGAGAAAUGUAUUGUCCAUACUAAGAGAAAUGAAGUUGUAUGCAAAGUUCAGCAAAUGUGAAUUUUGGUUGAAUGAAGUUGCUUUCUUAGGCCAUGUGAUUUCAGGGAAGGGUAUAUCUGUUGAUCCAAGGAGGAUAGAAGCUGUAGUUGAAUGGGAAGUACCAACAAAUGUAACAGAAGUUAGAAGAUUUUUGGGCAUGGCAGGUUAUUACAGGAGAUUUGUGGAGGGAUUUUCUCGAAUCGCUCAACCUCUCACCAAACUCACUAAGAAGAAUACGAAAUUUGUAUGGGGUGAUGAUUGUGAGCAAAGUUUUCAAGAGUUAAAAAGAAGAUUGACUAGUGCCCCUAUUCUCACUAUUCCAAGUGGUAGUGAGGGAUUUGUAGUUUAUACUGAUGCUUCAAGAAAGGGCCUAGGAUGUGUUUUGAUGCAGGAAGGGAGAGUAAUUGCUUAUGCUUCUAGGCAACUUAAAGGUUAUGAAUUGAAUUAUCCAACUCAUGAUUUGGAAUUAGCAGCAAUUAUUUUUGCUCUAAAGAUUUGGAGACAUUAUUUGUAUGGUCGACAGUUUGAAAUCUUCACUGAUCACAAGAGUUUAAAAUAUAUUUUCACUCAGAAAGAGUUAAACAUGAGGCAGCGAAGAUGGAUAGAACUUCUGAAGGAUUAUGAUUGUGUCAUCCGUUAUCACCUGGGCAAAGCCAAUGUUGUAGCUGAUGCACUUAGUAGGAAAUCUACAAGUUUUAUGGCUAGUCUGGUCGUGAAGCAAUAGAAGUUAUUAGAAGAAAAUUUUGAUUUGAAAGCUUUGAGGAAAGAGCAAGACUCGAUGAUAUUGAUGGCCUUCAUUCAAGUGCAAUCUGAUCUUAUUCAACAAAUUAAGGAAGGACAAUUACGAGAUCCACAUUUAAUCUACUUGAGGAGUGAAGUAGAAAAGGAAUUGAAGCCACAAUUUCAAGUUUCAAAGGAUGGCCUAUUGAGAUUUGGGGAGAGAGUAUGUGUACCAAAUGAACCAGAUAUCAAGAAUCAAAUCCUAAAUGAAAGUCAUACUUCAAAGUACACCCUACACCCUGGGAGCACUAAGAUGUAUAGAGAUCUUCAAAGUCAUUAUUGGUGGG